UCUUUUGCAUUUUUUUGCUCUGAUCAUGAUUUUCCCUCAAUGGUUCCCAAAACAAACAGCUGGCUGAACUAGAAUUGCCCUUAUUUGUUCAACGGGCUUUGAACAGCAGCUCUCAAAAAUGUGGGUAGAAAAAGGAAAUACCAAACGUUCAUUUCAUUUUCAAUCCUCCCAAUUUUAAGGAUUCGAUUCCAUCGCUUAAAAUUUUAGGUGUGGAUAAAACAGCUUGUUCUGUUCAUGCAAUCCAUAAAUUUUUCAGGCCAGGAAAGACCAUUAGGACCAACUGACCCAGCACAGAAAAGAUCAAUGACCCAGUAGUAUCUGCAUCAAGUCAUAAACUGCAUCAAAUCAUAAAUUUUAGAAAAAUAGCCUGCUAUAUCUGGACCUUUGUAAACCCACUGAAGCUACUUAUUGGCUUUAGCUGAUCUACUUGCCUGAGUGCAUCAUUUUCAACUAUCUUGAAACAAUAUUGGGGAAUGCUUCAAAAUCAUUAUCUGACUCUAAAACCUGUGCUAGGCAGGUGCAGGAUUAUUAUGGCUGUGAUUGGAGAUAAGCGUCCUCAGAGAAUCAGUAAGGCUAAACCAGACAAUUCCACAGGCCCUCGGCUCUGUUGACAUAAUGGAAACACUUUGUCCAUUGUCUGUGAAACAUUUGUUUUUUCAGAUAUGUUCUGGACACAAGCAUCUUUCCAGCUGCCAUAAUAACCUCCUGUCCUGUGUUUUCAUGUCUUUUGAUUGGAUCAUCUGGCACGUUUCCAUGGGCAGAAUUCAUCAGGUGGCAGAGCGUGUGGAGGCGCUGGGCCAGUUUGUGAUGAAGACCAGGAGGACCCUGAAGGGCCACGGAAAUAAAGUUCUCUGUAUGGACUGGUGCAAAGACAAGAGAAGAAUUGUGAGCUCUUCCCAGGAUGGGAAGGUGAUCGUGUGGGAUUCCUUCACUACCAACAAGGAACACGCGGUGACGAUGCCGUGUACCUGGGUGAUGGCGUGUGCAUACGCCCCAUCUGGAUGCGCCAUUGCUUGUGGUGGCCUGGACAACAAGUGUUCUGUGUACCCUCUGACAUUUGACAAAAAUGAAAAUAUGGCUGCAAAGAAGAAAUCAGUUGCAAUGCACACAAACUACUUGUCUGCCUGCAGCUUCACUAACUCAGACAUGCAGAUCCUGACAGCAAGUGGAGAUGGAACUUGUGCUCUGUGGGAUGUUGAGAGUGGGCAGCUUCUACAGAGUUUCCAUGGUCAUGGAGCUGAUGUCCUGUGCCUGGACCUAGCCCCUUCUGAAACGGGAAAUACAUUUGUCUCUGGGGGCUGUGACAAGAAAGCCAUGGUUUGGGAUAUGCGGUCUGGUCAGUGCAUCCAGUCAUUUGAAACCCACGAUUCAGAUAUCAACAGUGUCAGAUAUUACCCAAGUGGAGAUGCUUUUGCCUCUGGUUCAGACGAUGCCACGUGUCGUUUAUAUGACCUUCGUGCAGACAGAGAAGUAGCAAUUUAUUCCAAAGAGAGCAUCAUUUUUGGAGCAUCCAGUGUGGACUUCUCUCUAAGCGGUCGCCUGCUGUUUGCAGGCUAUAAUGAUUACACCAUAAAUGUCUGGGAUGUACUGAAAGGGUCCCGUGUAUCCAUUCUGUUUGGACAUGAAAAUCGUGUCAGCACCUUGCGGGUCUCUCCCGAUGGAACAGCAUUCUGCUCGGGCUCCUGGGACCACACUCUCCGAAUCUGGGCUUAAGCUGAGAUCCUGUAUGCAGAAUCAAAUGAAGACAAACCCUGGACUACAAAAACUGCAUAAAAAAGCCACCCCUCAAAAUCAAAUAUUCACUACACUACAGAAGAGUGACACUGAACCCACAGAUUAACACAACUAGGUAGAAAAUGUAAGCUGCUUGAACACAUAGCAAACAUCAACUUGUAGGAUAAUUUUAAUUCUGUUUCGAAACUAUCUUCUUUUAUUAGAACUAGUUUAGAUAAUGAUGAAGGGGCUUUUCUCUGAAGUCACUUGUAUCAUAGAAUUGAGUAGCUCGGUGCACAUUAUGUAUUUAUUUGCAUGAACUGCGUUCCUUUUUAAAGUAAAAU